UCAGCCGGUUCGCUCAGAUCCACACAAACACCUGUGAGUUAGUCGGGCACUUACCGAGAAAGUUAUUUCUUCUACUUAAGUUUUUUUCUUAGACAUUUAGUCUGUUUUAUCGUUUGAGACUUUGGAGUAUGUUCUUUGUUUGUACUUUUUCUGUACGUUUCUCUAUGGAAGAACAAGACCACGAUAUUUUAGUUGAAAGUAAUUUCAACCAGAGAGACGCUUUCAGAGAAUCUUGACCGGUCGGAGUGUGAAAAAGUGUUCUUCCAAAGCGGUUGGGUGGAGUUCACCUAUCUUGUUUACUUCAUUGGUUUUCGACACAUUAAUUCAUCUUUACAUUCCUGUAAUUCUGACUGCAACGAAACAUGGUUGGAUUCAGAGCUAGUGAUGUUCCCCCUACAGCCACGGUGAAAUUUAUUGGUGCAGGAACUGCAGCCUGCAUCGCAGACCUCUUCACAUUUCCACUCGACACUGCAAAAGUUCGGCUUCAGAUUCAGGGUGAAGCCAAAGGUCCUGCCAACCCAGGUCAUGGUCAGAUUAAGUAUCGUGGCGUGUUCGGCACUAUCAGCACCAUGGUUCGUGUUGAGGGGCCGCGCAGCCUCUACAACGGGCUGGUCGCAGGACUGCAGCGUCAGAUGAGCUUUGCAUCUGUACGCAUUGGCCUCUAUGAUUCUGUCAAGCAGAUCUACACCAAAGGGUCUGAUCAUGUAGGGAUUGGCAGUCGGCUGAUGGCAGGCUGUACGACUGGAGCAAUGGCAGUUGCUGUGGCCCAACCUACUGAUGUGGUGAAGGUCCGGUUUCAAGCUCAGAUCAGCUCUGGAGCCAAUAAACGUUACCAUGGCACGAUGGAUGCAUAUCGGACCAUUGCGAAGCAAGAAGGCUUUCGUGGUCUGUGGAGAGGAACUGGACCAAACAUCACCCGCAAUGCCAUUGUAAACUGCACGGAGCUGGUGACCUAUGACCUCAUCAAAGAUGAACUUAUUAAAUCAUCACUGAUGACUGAUGAUUUUCCCUGCCAUUUCACAUCUGCUUUUGGAGCUGGUUUCUGCACCACUGUGAUCGCCUCUCCUGUCGACGUUGUGAAGACAAGAUACAUGAACUCUGCCCAAGGCCAGUACAGCAGCGCCCUCAACUGUGCUGUAGCCAUGCUGACUAAAGAAGGACCAAAGGCUUUUUACAAGGGAUUCAUGCCAUCAUUUUUGCGCCUGGGUUCCUGGAACGUGGUCAUGUUUGUCACCUAUGAGCAGCUGAAACGGGCCCUUAUGGCAGCUCGCCAUAACUGGGUCACUGUUUAAGCAGCAAAUGCAGUUCCAGUAGUUGAGCUUUGCUGGCACGUCUUUGCUUUCUCAUCUGUAUUUCUUGUUUACAUGUUCAUUAAUUUUAUUUUGCUUUUAUGCAGGACUCUAAUGUUCCUAAAAAUCUCAAUAAAAUUGAGUCCAUUCUUAAA